AUGAAUGUGUGUGCCGGUCCGCGGUACCUUGGUGGACAAAGGUCUUUUUCUUCUGUUUCUGUCAUGGGUGGCCUAGGUGGUGGUCGUGGCAGUGUGUGCCAGCCGGUUGGAAGGCAAUGCGGAGCUGGCAGCUAUACCAGCAUGAGCCUCAAUAAUUAUGGUAGCGGAAGCCGAAGAAUCGCUUACAGUUCAGGCUAUGGAGGACAUCCGUAUGGUGGCAUGAGCACACAGAGCAUGGGGAUGGUGGGUGGCUAUGGAGGCUUUGGAGGAGGCUAUGGUAGGAUGGGUGGUGUACCAGGCAGAGGCGAAGGGAUCCGACGGGUCAGUAUUGACGAGCGUCUCCUAAGGCCCAUUUCUGUUGGAGUCGAUCCGGAAGAGCAAAAAGCACGAGCGCAUGAAAAAGAGGAGAUGAAGACACUCAACAACCAGUUUGCUUGCUUCAUCGACAAGGUCCGAUCUCUGGAACAACAGAACAAGGUGCUCACAACCAAAUGGGAGCUGCUCCAACAAUGUGUCCAACCUUCAAGGAAGAACAUUGAAGCCUACUAUGAGAACUUCCUCGCUACACUUAAAAAACAGCUGGAGUGUGUCUUGAACGAGAGAGGGAAACUGCAACAUGAACAGAAGAACAUGCAGGAACUAGUAGAGGAAUACCGGUCAAAAUAUGAGGAGGAAGUAAACAGGCGCACAUCUGCAGAGAAUGAGUUUGUGGUGCUCAAAAAGGAUGUGGAUUCUGUGUUCCUCACCAAGGAAGAGCUGGAAGCUAAAGUAGAUGUGCUGGCACAAGAAUUGGAAGCCCUGAGAUGUGUCUUUGCAGAGGAGUUUGCUCAGUUAGACCACCAAAUCUGUGACACUUCCGUGAUUCUGAAAAUGGACAAUACCCGAGACUUGGACAUGGACCUUAUCCUAAAUAACGUAGAAGCUUGGUAUCAGAAUAUCGCUCAGACCAGCAAACAAGAAGCCGAAGCCUUUUACCAUAAUAAGAUUGCAGAGAUUCAGAAUCAUCGGGGCAAAUACAAUGAAGAACUUAAAUGUAACCAUCAUGAGAUUAUGGAGCUGAACCGAGUACUCCAGAGACUGCAUAGUGAUACUGAAACUGCCAAGAAACAGGUUGCCAGUUUGCAGGCCGCAAUCUGUGAUGCUGAGCAUCGCGGUGACAUUGCCCUGAAAGAUGCCCGGAGUAAGCAUGCCGAACUGCAGACGGCCUACCAGCAGGCCAAGGAUAAAUUGGCUUGCCUGCUCCGUGAUUGCCAAGAACUGCUAAACACUAAGAUGGCCCUGGAUAUCGAGAUUGCUACCUACAGAGCGUUGCUGGAAGGAGAGGAAAGCAGGAUAUGCACAGGAAACCCUGUAAGUGUAGCUGUGAUGAGUGGAGGAUACCCAGUUGGCGAAUGCGGACCUGGAAUUGGAGCUGGAAUGGCGUAUGGUGCAGUAGGGAGAGGAGCAGACCAUGGUGUUGGGGUUUAUGGCGGAAUGGCUGAAGGGUUCACUAAUGCGAGUGCAGGAUGUGUCCACACCAUGGGCUCCAGAACUGCAGUUAACUCAGUAGGCAGGGCAGCAUCCGUAGGUCAGGGGAUCGGACAUGGCCCGGGUGUAGGCAGUGGAGGUGGUUUUAGUCCCACGAGUGGUGGCUAUUCCUCCACUGUCUCCACCAAGCAUGUGGUGACCUCUGGAGGUGGAAGACACAGCUCAGGCAAGUCUGGAGAUAGCAGUUGCGCGAAUGUGCAUCACGGUGUAGGUGGAAUUCAUCAUGCAGUAGCAGGGACUAGCAAUAUGGGAAAAUCGGGGAUUGGGAAGCACAGCCCUGUUGGGUCUGGACCUGCAGGCAUGGUAGGAGCUGUUCUCAGUUCCCGAGGUGAAGGCAACGUUGGUGCCAGAAGUGUGCAUGUCACAUCAGUGAGUUCUACCAGAAAAUAUAUCCAUUAA